UGUUUACUUUAGACUCACUGAAACAUAUAUAGAAAGAUGCUGGACAAAUAAACUAUUCAGUUCACUUACAGCAAUAGGCAAAAUGUGUUUAAGGUCGUGGUUGGGAUGUUAUUUAAAAGUGGAGUAUAUAUAUGCUUUCUCAAAAAAAUGGUCAGAUCAGACUAGCUGCCACAAAAAAAGUAAUGCAGGCCGAUGAAAUGUGUUAUCAAAUGAGGAUGUUACAAGUACUGUAACGCUAUUUAAAAAGAGUGGAGAUGAAAAGCAAUAUGUUAUGAAUGGUCAUAAGGCAAUCGCAUGCUAACAGAGAAGGUAGGCAGCCUGCAUGGACCUGUGGGGAUUUUCUUCUGUCACUGUCUGUUAUACAUUAAUGUACCUGUGUGUGUCUAAGGAAUGAUAAAAUGUUCUAACCAAAGGGCACACUAAAAAUAGCAGCAGCACUCAGGUGAAAACAAAUGCAUAAGACAAAAAGCAAAAAAUAUCUACAGAACUGCAAGCCAUAAUGAUUAAUAUCUAUUUCGGAUUCAUUACAACAAGCCGUUAUAAGUCAGGAGCAAUUGAUAUACCUGAACGGUACCCAAACAUUAAACAGAGAGGACCUGACUAAACCUGCACACUUCCAACUGAUUAGCUAAAACUGCAAUACCAGAGUCAUAUCUGCGGGAGCACGAACGAUAAAUCUAAGAAAUGUUAUCUAGUUAUUUCAAGCAAAACAGUCAAGAAAACUAGAGGAUGUCGGAUAAUAUAGAGUUCACAGUUACACAGCAAUUUGUAAAAAGAUCCUGAUGUACGGCGACUUCUUUUGAAAUAUCUACUGGCCGAACCAUUUAAGAACAUUAUGUCCAUCCUGAUGAAGCAAUAAUAUUUGUUCUGACCCGUGCAAAACCUCCACUGUUAUAACCGCCCACACGUCCAUUUCUGUGCAUUUGUUGUCACAGGUCGGUGGGAAAGAGCCAUUCAGCCAAUCAGCAUUCAGCAAAGCGGGGGAUGGGUGCAAUGGAAUGGCAAAUGCUAGAUUUGAAGACACUGCAAAAGGUAUGAUCUCACCGUCCGCGUCAUUAGUGCCAAAGUCGGUGCCGGAAAGCUGGACUGCAUCAGCACCACCAACAGCUCCAAAAUUCAGCACCGAGGACAGCUCCCACCCUUUUACUUCUGGUCUCCGAGGAAAUGGCUGUUCUAAUGGGUUCUUCCAAACACCUGGUGACUCAGUGUUAUUAGAAAAGUCCUGGUGACCGACAGCUGUAGUUGUUGGGCAGUUCAUGGUAAAACUCUUGGAUUUCCUGUGAAUACAAUCACAUCAGGGAGGGGCCAAGCUGUAAAUUUAGAGGUGCUACGGAACUGUUAUCAUCCUGGUUGAAUGGAAUCCAGUUGUAUCCAGUCGGCGAUGGCUCUGGGACAUUCUUCCAAAAAGGCUUCCAGCAGAAACAUCGCAGUUGAGCGCAAGAAUCUCAUUACUGUUUGCAGGUUUUCUGUGAAGACCUUGUUGGAGAAGUACACAGCUGAGCCUAUCGAUGAUUCGUCUGAGGAAUUCAUCAACUUUGCUGCCAUUUUAGAACAUAUUCUAGGACAUCGGUUUAAAGGUUCUGUUAGCUGGUUCAGUUCUGAUGGCCAGCGAAGUUUCUGGGAAUAUAUUCGACUAGCCUGCAGCAAAGUCCCUAACAACUGCAUCAGCAGCAUUGAGAAUAUGGAGAACAUAAGCACUUCCAGAGCAAAGGGUCGUGCUUGGAUCCGAGUAGCGCUUAUGGAAAAACGUCUGUCAGAGUACAUCGCUACAGCACUGAGAGACACCAGGACAACCAGGAGGUUCUACGAUGAGGGAGCAAUCAUGCUGCGUGAAGAAGCUACAGUGCUCACAGGGAUGCUGAUUGGACUCAGUGCCAUAGACUUCAGUUUCUGUCUAAAGGGUGAGGUAAUGGAUGGGAAGACACCAGCUGUGAUCGACUACACACCUUAUUUGAAGUUCACACAGAGCUACGACUACCUAAGUGAUGAUGAAGAUCGGCACAGUAUGGAUAGCAGUACGAGUGACGACAGCAUUCCAGAGCACCCCUACCUUCCACUGGUCACAGAUGACAGCUGGUACAACAAGUGUCGAAAACAAGAACAGAAGUUUAGGAUUGUUUAUGCACAAAAGGGCUACUUGGAAGAGCUUGUACGUUUACGAGAAUCACAGCUAAAAGACAUAGAGGCUGAGAACAAGCGACUGCAGAUGCGUCUGGAAGAGAUGAAAGUCCAGAACCAGCUGGAGAAAAGAGAGCUGGAAGGAGUGAUCCUGGAGCUACAAGAGCAGUUGACUGGCUUAAUACCCUGUGAAAAUUCUCAGCUGUCUAAAGAGAUGACCAUCCCUCUAGUUGGUCAGUGGCCCUCCCUUGGGAAUCUGAACAAGCAGGAUGGUGCGUUAGACCCCAGUCUCUACAGGAGACACAGCUUCACAGACCAGAUGUCAGCAGAGAUUAGUCUUGAAUCCGACUCUCAGAGGCUUGGAGAUGGGAGCAAUGAAGGAGAACCUUGGGAAACUAUAGGAAAAGAUCCUACUCCUUCAAUGCUAGGUCUGUGUGGCUCCCUAGCCUCAAUCCCAAGCUGCAAGUCUCUAACAAGUUUGAAGUCCAAUGAGUACCUAGUCAACAUAAGUAAUGAAGCUAGCCCAGCUCUCACUCCCAGCUGAGUACUUGAAACAGACAGUGUCUCAGGAACAGGUACCCUACUUUCUGGGCUGAGGAUAGGGCUGGACUCUGAUUCCCACCAGUCAUCAUCAUCAUCAUAAACCUACUGCAUAGACCAGACGAAGAGUUUGAUCUGCUGGACAGGAUGGGGAAACUAUUGCCAAUCUGCUUUGUCAAUAAAGAAGUCUUCUGAUUUUGUUGGGUACAGAGACCUGCAAUGGGCUGUGAGCCCCCUUACUGCUUUUACAUUACCUAUUUUUUUUCUCUCUCAUAGCAAGGAUUGAUCAAAGAAUGAAAACAUAGUAGUUACAGAGAUUAUAAACCAAUAUUUUAUUCCAUGUGCCACUACAGGACUUUCAUCAGAAUAAUCCCUCUUGAAAAAAUUUUCCAGACCAACCAGAAAAAGAUAGUUCACAUAUAUCAAGUGUGAAUGUCAAGGUUUGCUUUGGUUUACCAUACUUCAAAUUGCUUCUUUAUGCCCUGCUAUGUAAAUGCAAAUGUUCUUCCAUGUAAUGUCACAAAAUGCCAAAUUAAUUUUAUUUUUGAAGCACAAUGUACACACUACAUCAGAAAAAGAUUAUAUAAUCUAUUAAACAUGUUUGCAAUAGCUUUGACAUUUUGCACAGGCAUCUGUGAAAAACAUCAAAGUUCUCAUGGUUGGACGGCAGGUUACUACUACUGUAUUAUGAGAGCUUUCUUUAUUUUCAACUAUUUGUAUGCCCGCAUUGUAAAUGGAUUACAAAAACAGCAAACAGUUGUACAAAGUAAUUAUUAACAACAAAAGAGGAAAAGUGUCAUCAGCAUAAAAUCUUAAAGUGGGACAAGAGGUUUGCAUGCAAUGUGGUACCUCAUUUCUAACAAGAUUUCAGAAGUCAAAUUCUAGUGUACAUUUUUUGGUUUCGGACAGCUGGGUUGCUGUUAACAACUAAUGGUGAUACGUACAAAAGAAAGUGGCUACUCUAGUUAGGUUAUAUUUUUAACAGCACUUCUAGCCAGAGACAGAGGAAUAUGACGAUUUGCAGUGCCGAAUAGACUUGGGGUUACACCUCAAAGAACUGAUGAAGCAGGGCCCUUCUUGGAGACGCUAGGGCAGGGAACAUUGUACUAGAGCUAUGUCUAUUCAUAUACUUGAGACCUAUAUCAUGUGACACCUGUAGUUGUAAUGGGAUUGGUGACAGUUCAAGCUACCAUUCUGGUGGCAUGCAGGUCUGGUUCUGAAUGAAAGAAACUUUAAAGUGGGAACCAUGGCAAACUGCAUUUGAAAAUAAAAAGAAAAUAUAUAUGCAUGCAAGAAUACCGGACAAAAUUUGAGAACCUAAAGGGCCAUACAAAGUGAAGUUUACUUUACCCCACAGAUGUGGAAGGUAGAUGGACUGCUAAUGAGCCAGCGGCUGAAGAAAGCCAUAAGCAAGAGCAUGUUAUGGCCUUGUGUCAGCAGCGCCACAGUCUUAGGACCAGAAAAGACAUGAACUGAACAGGCACUGCUAAUGGGCAGAUGAUUCAAGCAUGUAGGCUCGAUAGAAAUGCUAUGUGACCUUGGUAGAUCAGAGCCCUAAGCUUGCUCCUCUUUUUGUAGUUACAAAAGUAUGAUGUUGUAUCUAACUGGUACCGUCAGCAUGCAGAGGGAAAAAGCAGCGCAUGUGCUUGCCAUUAUCAUAACUGGACACGUGCAGGGACAGCUAUGAGAGGUCACAUGAAAUCUAGUUAAUAGUACAGGGACAUAUGCAUGCACCCACACACACAAAAUAUUAAAUAAGAAGAAAACGUAUCCUAGUAUAAAAGAAAUCAUGUGACCUAGUAUAACUCUGGCUUGAUUAGACGAGUGCAGUACUACACCCCAAAAAUCUCACAACAGUACAACAUAUAUCAUUACUACUAGGUUCUCCGCUUCAUGCAAAUAAUAUUGGAAAGACUGAAUGAUCUGUAAAGACAUACAGAUUGCUGUUUACCAGGAAAUGACAUAAAGACAAGCCCUUAAGCAUCUGGUCACUUUAGCUACAUUGAAGUUUUUCUCAUAAUAUCACCACUGUUGUGAUGGUUGGCAUGUUUUUAGGCAGUGAUGCUGACCCUUGGUAUCAGGAAUUUCUACAGGAAAUCUCAUAAAUGCCUAAUUAAAUUAAAAGCCAUACAUUUUUAAUGGGAGUAAAUGGCAUCUACUUACUUGGCCAUGGGAACUUUUCUAUUAGAAGCUAAAUGCAAAAAUGUUGCAAGAAAAAUGGACAAAUGUAUAGGUCUGUAAACCUAGCAACAGCAAUCCAGCAUUUUAUACUGUAAGGAAAACUUUUUUUUUUAACAAUAAGGAAGCCUUUUCCUUUUCAGUAUUGGCUGCAGGACAUGGAGACAGCAGGUAGAAAUCUGUAGAGGAGGAAGAUGGAUGUCCAUACUAUCAAAACUGGUCUAAACUGAGCAGUGGUCACCAUCUGCAACCUUGUGACAUACUUUGUGCUCAGCAGUGCAGCAUUCAUUUCUGGUUUAUUUUCCAUCCUUUGAUUUUGGGUAGAUUUAAACAAAAACUUUGUCCAUGGAACCCUAUGUGCACCACUCAGAAAUGACAUCUGGGUGUGUCUUUUCUUUACUUCUCACUUGGUACUCUAAGAUUAGGGUCUAUCUAUAUUUUAUAGGUCUGCGGUGGAAAUUUAUGAUGAGUCUCUUUUGCACACAGACCCAAUUAGACUAUUCCUACAGGACUUUUUGCUUGGAUUACAAAAUGUCUUUCCAUUGGAUGCCAGUAACUGUUGCACUGCUUAUUACUUUUCACUGACCAUUAACAGCCAGCCCUACCUGCAGUAAAAACCGUGUUUGCCUUCCUUCAUUCAUUGUAUACAUUGAGAACUCAGAGAAGAGCAGAAGCUGUGCUGUUUCUUAGUGGCAACUCAUACAACAGUGUAAAUUCACCCUUCCAGGAGUUUCACACCUUCAUGAAUGACACCUGCAAAAGUUACCCAAUUUCAAGCAGUUUUGAUCCUUGUGGAGGUGGUUCUCAUCUUUCAGCAUUAAAAUUCUGUUUCCUGCGCAUAAAUGGAGUAGGGUUCAGGAGUAAAAUGGUAUUUGCCUAUGAGCAUAUAUGCCCUCUGGCCACCAUUGUGCCCAGCAGUAAAAUGGUACUUAUCUAUGAGCACAUGUCCUCUGGCCACCAUUGUAGUCAGCAAUAAAAUGGUACUUAUGAGCAUAUGUCCUCUGGCCACCAUUGUGCCCAGCAGUAAAAUGGUACUUAUCUAUGAGCACAUGUCCUCUUGCCACCAUUGUACUCAGCAGUAAAAUGGUACUUAUGAGCAUAUGUCCUCUGGCCACCAUAGUGCUCAGCAGUAAAAGGGUACUUAUGUCCUCUGGCCACCCUUGUACUCAGCAAUAAAAGGGUACUUAUGAGCAUAUGUCCUCUGGCCACCAUAGUGCUCAGCAGUAAAAGGGUAAUUAUGUCCUCUGGCCACCAUAGUGCUCAGCAAUAAAAGGGUACUUAUGUCCUCUGGCCACCAUUGUACUCAGUAAAAGGGUACUUAUGAGCAUAUGUCCUCUGGCCACCAUAGUGCUCAGCAGUAAAAUGGUACUUAUCUAUAAGCAUGUGUCCUCUGGCCACCAUUUCUUUUUGGCAAUGUCAUUUCUGGGGAUGGGGAUCACCUCAGUCACAAAACAGUCUCAUUAGUGCAGCAAGUUUACAGUCAUUAGCAGGGACCCCUGUGUCAGAGUGUACCUCCUCUGAUAACAGGAAGUGUGUUCCCCGUGCCAUUUAGGAAAUGCCACAGACUUCUGUAUGCACCCUGUAACAGCCCAUAAAGCAACUGUUUCAGCUAUUUCAUCAUCUUCAACUUUACAGUGUAUGGCUCUGAACCUAGUGUGAAUUUGCGUGUUUGAUUUUGUUGUACACUUCUGGAUGGUGCAAGGACUGUGUGAAUGAAUGUAAAAAAAAGAGUUCUGUAUUAUGUAUGUUAGGCUAGUGAAAAUGAAAAUAAAAGUAAUCACUAUGAGAAUAUGAA